AUUUAUUUCAUGUAAAUAUGGAUAGAAGACCAUCAGGAUUUUCAAAAAUACCUCCAAUUAAUUCAAGAUCUGUAUUAAUUGCUAUCGAUGGUUCUGAACAUUCAAAAAAAGCAUUUCAAUAUUAUUUAAAAUGGUUACAAAGAUCAGAUGAUACAAUAACAAUUUAUCAUGCUGUAGAACCAGUCUCAUUACCAACUAUAUCAUUAUCAAAUCCAAUUAGUAUACCAAGUGAUGAAUGGUCAAAUCUUGUACAAACAAAUGUAAAACGUGUACGUGAAUUAGAACAAGAUUAUAGUACAGAUUGUUUAGCACAUAAUUUAACAUAUCAAUUUUUAUAUGAACCAGUUGAACAUAUUGGUGCAGCUAUUGUUCAAAAUGCUGAAAAAUAUAAUGUACAUUUAAUAAUUGUUGGAAGUCGUGGUUUAGGUGCUAUAAAACGUACCAUUAUGGGAAGUGUUAGUGAUUAUGUUGUACAUCAUGCUAAUACAGCUGUAUGUGUUAUUCCUUGUAUAACAGAACAAAAGAAUUCUUGUAAAAAUUGAAUUCUUUUUCAAUUAUCCAAUAGUUAAAUCAUAUGUAAACAUGUGUUGAUAUAUUGAAUUAAACAUAUACAUAUAUAGUAUGGUAUAAUGUGAAUAUGAAUGUUUAUUCUUUUUCUUACUUUUCUCUAUUUUCUUUUCUUCACAAUCACAUAUAUUUCUUUUCUGAAAUAUAUUGAUAGUUAUUGAUUUUCGAUUUGAUGAUCCAUUCUGAUCAUUUCAUCACAAUGAAAUUCAUUAUUAUGUAACAUAUAAAUAUUCAUGAGUGAGUACAUGAUGGUGUUGUUUUGUUCGAUAGAGUUUUUCUUUUUUAAAAAGACAUUUGUUUCUAGAUGUUUGUUAUUUUAACAAUAAUCAAUUGUAGAAUUAACUAAAGAUAGAGAUUAGCAUAUAAUAAAUGAGUUUUUUUUUUGUUUUCGUUUUUUGAAAUCAUAAUUGAUAGUAAAUAUUAUUGAUAAUAGAUAUAAGUAGUUUAGUAGUUAAGGUAUUCAAUAUUCACAGGUUUGAAUACUAUUCCAUCUACUUUUUGGUUAAAGUUCCUGAGUAGUAUCUUAUUUGGGCUUCAUGAAAUAACAUGAAGAUAGACAAAUGCGUUUUUUUCUUUCUCGCUAUUUUUUUGUAAUCACUAUGAGAUUAUUAGUUGUUUGUAAUUGUUUAUUAGUGUUCCUAAUGUAAUUCACACACUUACUUACUUACACUUGUUACUCUUAAUGGAGUAUAGGCCAUCGACCUGUAUUCUUCAACCUACACAAUUCUCGGCUUUCCUUUCUACUUGUAUCCAAUUGUUGUUUAUUCUUCUCAUGUAAUUCACAUGAACAACUCUUAUUUUUCAACUAGCUGGUAAUCAUUACUUGAUUUGAAUUAUUUUUUCUGGUUAGAGCUUUUUUUUGAAGAGUCAGUUUUCUACGGGAUGGGGUCGCUAACCUCAUGCCCAACUAUCCUUCUUUAUCUGGGCUUGAGAUCAGCAGUGGAGUAAGAGAGGCUCCAGGUGGAGUUUGAUGAUCAUUAAUAAUUAAUUAAUAAAUAUAUAAAGAUAUGACUAUUGAGAAAUUAUUGACCUACUAGAGUAUUUAUUCAAAAUAUUGAAUUACUGUGUAUAAUUUUAAUUUCUGUCUAUAGUUUUGAGAAGUUUAAUAAUAAUUGCAAUAUAAUGCAUUCUAUAUGUGGCCAUCAACAUUACUGUCAUCAUCAUCAUCCGAAGCAUCAUCAUCAUCUCAAGCAUCGUCAUCAUCAUCCAAAGCAUCGUCAUCAUCAUCGUCAUGCUGAAAAGUAAACCCUUUGAGUAGUAAUAAAACAUACUACGUGACUGGAUAAAAUGGAAGUAUAUAUGUUAUUAUGUGAAAUCAAUUUUCCUCUUUAGUAACAAAAAUCACAUUUUUUAAUAAUUUAACUGAACGUUGAUUAGACAAUGUAUCAUGUAUUGAGAAUGUUGUCCAUUUAAAAGAAUGAAGAGGACUUGUUUCAUUUGUAUCAAUGUUUGUGUGAGUGGUCUGUCCUUACAAAUCCAUACACAAUAUUAUACAAUUAGACCCAAGGAAAACUUCAUUGAAGAAUGGCGGAUGAAGACUCAAUGAACGCUGAAAAUAAAUUAAUAACCAAAUUUAUUGUUCUAAUCUGUAUGGAUUCUCUUUACGUCAGAAUAUAGUCAGAUUUUAUUUAUGGAGGAGAUUGGGGUAUGUCUGAGACUUCAAAUAAAAUCGUCAUUAGCAGUUCACGCAAUUUUCAACAAUUUAUUUAUUUGAACACAUAAAU